UAAAUCCCACAAGCCAAAAAUCGGAGUCCAGAAGGACACCACUGACUGAAAGACAAGUCUCUAAAAGGGUUAUGCUAAAAGGCCAAAUCUCAUGUCCUAAUGACUAAGAAAAUGGAAAAUGGGCGUUGGUUUUUACAAGCACCUGACUUGUGUGCCAUUUCUGUUUCUAACUGGGAUAGAAGAAAUUUGUCACAGCCACAAGCAUGAGGAUGUCAGUAUGUCUAGUCUUAACCUCUGUUGCUGCGAUGCUGAUAAUGAUCUCUGAAGCUGAAGCUGCGGAUUCCAUAACAACAACUCGGUUCCUUAGUGCAAAUGAAACGAUAGUUUCAUCCGGCGGCAGCUUCGAAUUGGGAUUCUUCCGACCAGGUAGUUCCCAGAAUCUCUACAUGGGGAUUUGGUACAAAAAAAUAACAACCAGAACCGUGGUUUGGGUUGCCAACAGAGAAGCUCCCCUCUCCAAUCAGUCAGCGAUAUUGAAGGUUUCAAGCCCCGGAAUUCUCAAUCUCUACAAUGGAACCAGCAGCAGCAUCUGGUCUUCCAAUACCUCUAGACAUGCAGAGAACCCAAUUGCCCAGCUUUUGGAUUCUGGGAAUCUGGUUGUUAAAGAUGCAAAUGAUGAUAAUCCAGAGAAUUUUCUGUGGCAGAGUUUUGAUUAUCCAACUGAUACCCUUUUGCCCGGAAUGAAGCUUGGGAAGAACUUGGAAACUGGGAGAGACUGGUACUUAUCAUCCUGGAAAAGCAGUGAUGAUCCUGGUCAGGGCCUUUUCACAUAUUGGCUGGAUAUUCAUGGAUAUCCCCAAUUUUGGGGGAGUAAUGGUUCGGUCUUUUGGUAUAGGUCUGGACCCUGGAAUGGCCUAAGGUUCAGUGGUGAUCCCAGUUUGAAAAAGAACAGCAUUUACAGAUUCAAUUUUGUUGUUGAUAAGAGGGAGAUUUACUACAGCUAUGACCUACUUAACAGUUCUGUGAUUUCAAGGUUUUUGAUUAGGGAAAACGGUUUGGUGCAACGUUGGACUUGGGUGGAUGGGAGAGGAUGGGUGCUUUACCUCAGUGGACCGACAGAUGCCUGCGAUUACUACGCGGUUUGUGGGGCGUAUGGCCGGUGUAUUGUUAACCAAUCUCCAAUUUGUGGGUGUUUGGAGAGAUUUGUGCCCAGGUUCCCAAAUGAAUGGGCCAUGGGAGUUGCUUCAAAUGGGUGUGUUAGAAGGACUCCUUUAGAUUGCGCAAGUGGAGAUGGAUUCCUUAAGUAUACCGGUGUUAAGCUGCCGGACACCCAGCAUUCGUCGUUUAACGAAAGUAUGAACCUUAAGGAAUGCCACACAGUUUGCUUGAGGAAUUGCACUUGUAUGGCUUAUGCAACUCUGAACAUUACUGGGGAGGGAAGUGGCUGCCUGCUUUGGUUCGGCGACCUGAUUGACAUCAGACAAUUUACUGAAAAUAGACAAAUUAUCUACAUAAGGGUGGCUUCUUCUGAGCUAGAUGGAUCUAAGAGGAAGAAAGGAAAGACAAUUGGAAUCAGCUUGGCAUUAUCAAUGGGGACACUUACUCUAAUCCUUUGCCUCAUGUUCUAUAUUUGGAAAAGGAAGAUGAAGCGGCAGCAAAAAAGAAAUAUUGGCAAUUCAGGAAUAACGAGUGAUAUCUCUCGACGAGGUUACAGAGGCGAGAGGCAGCAGAAAGAUUUAGAGCUUCCAUUGUUUGACUUAUUUACAGUAACAAGUGCUACCGAUAACUUCUCACCUAGCAAUAAGCUUGGAGAGGGUGGAUUUGGCAGUGUUUACAAGGGUAUCCUGGAAGAGGGACAAGAAAUAGCUGUGAAGAGGCUUUCAAGUAGUUCCACACAAGGACUAGACGAAUUCAAGAACGAAGUUAUAUGUAUCGCCAAACUCCAGCACCGGAAUCUUGUAAAGCUUCUGGGAUGUUGCAUUCAAGGCGAAGAGAAGAUGCUAAUCUAUGAAUACAUGCCAAACAGAAGCCUCGAUUCCUUUAUUUUUGACAAAAGCCGAAGUGCCAUACUGGAUUGGCCAAAGCGCUUCCACAUUAUAAAUGGAAUUGCCCGGGGGCUUCUUUAUCUCCAUCAGGAUUCAAGAUUGAGAAUCAUCCAUAGGGACCUCAAAGCUAGCAACAUUUUGUUGGACUCUUCCAUGAACCCAAAGAUAUCUGAUUUCGGCAUGGCUAGGAGCUUUGGAGGAGACGAGACAGAAGCAAACACGAAAAGAGUGGUUGGAACUUACGGCUACAUGUCUCCAGAGUAUGCAGUUGAUGGAUUUUUCUCAGUGAAAUCGGACGUAUUCAGCUUCGGCGUGUUGGUGUUGGAGAUUGUGAGUGGGAAGAGAAACAGGGGCUUUUUCCAUGCAGAUCACAGCCUCAACCUUCUUGGACAUGCUUGGAUGCUCUAUAAAGAAGGCAGGUUUCUAGACCUGCUAGAUGAAGCUGUGAGUAGGGAUUCAUGCCAUUUAUCCGAAGUGUUGAGAUCGCUCCAUGUUGGUUUGUUGUGUGUUCAGCAGCAUCCAGAAGACAGGCCAACCAUGGCAUCAGUGGUUCUGAUGCUGGGAAGUGGGGGGCCUCUGCCUGAUCCGAAGCAGCCUGGCUUCUUCACUGCAAGGAAUAUGGCAGAAGCCGAUUGCUCGUCAGGGAAUCAAGCAAGUAGUUCAACCAAUGAUUUCACUAUCACAGUUGUACAGCCAAGAUAAUUGGUUUGUAUAUGUGAAUGUAUUUGAAUGUGAUAUGGACUCUGUUAUGUGCUGCGGCCGUGCAGACCCUGUAUUAGUGAACAUCUUCUGUGUAUACAUUAUUCUUUCUUACAAAACAUCAUUUUUAGGUUCAA